GGAAGAAAGAAAAAGCCAAUGUAGAUCUUCUUUUAACCUCUAUGUAGUUGAUACAUCUUUCAAAGGAUUUUAAUCGAUGCAUGGUAUGCUUGGAGUUGAACAGUUCCGGAAUGCUUCGUUAUGGUUAUGGACUCUGGAAAUGCCCCAGAAUCGCUGUACAGUUACGACAGAAAAUCUUGGGAGAAUGUCGGAAAUCGCGUUUGGGUGUUCCGGGAUGAAGAUGAUGAAGACAAUUCGACGCAGUUCAGACGCACGUCGUUCACGGAUCAUCCAGCGAUUUGGGGCUUGUUGUUGGCUAUGGGGGUGAUGGUGUUGCUGGGAAUCGCGACAUCUGUAAUUAUUUCAAUCGUAACUAAAGUGCGGGAGCGAAAAGCAGCUGCUGAGCAUGAAAAGCAGCUGAAAAUUCGCCGUCAAGAAGUGCGAGAUCUGAGGGAACAACUUGCAAAACUUCUCGAGAACGACCCUGAGUUCCAGCAAGCUCUUGGCGUCCACAAACGCGCUGCUUUGAUGCGCUCUUCUUCAGCGGAAGCAGCUACAUUGAUUGAUGCUGUAGCACAUCGCAGAAGUUGGGAAGACACUGGCGAAGAUCACUCCAAGACCAUGUCGUACAGCGAACGAAGGCAGAUGAUUAAAUACAUUCGAAAGAACCGCAGGGAAAUUGUGAAAGAGCUGAAAUUUAAUCUCCAAGCAAACCAGACCCACGCUUUUUCUACCAGGGACUCCGUAUCUCCGGGCUUUAUCCUGACUUGAACUACAGCACCACGAAAGGAUCAACAAACACGGUGUUUCUGCUGUCAUCCUGAAAUCUUAUCUGGAUUCAAAAUGUCACAGGUCGAGAGGAAGAAGAGAGAGAGAGAGGAAAUGGACUCAAUUCGUUGUCAAACUAUGACGAAAUAAGACAAUUGCUGAUUUUUCGAACCAUUACUCCGCUGCAUUUCCCUUCAGCAAAAUGCAUUUCGCAAACCAUAUUCCUAAUUUUCUACAGAAGCAAUCACGUACGCGUAUAACUGAAAAUAACGUUUUGAUUCGGAAAAUUGUUGAUGUCACGGAAAAAGAAGAACGGAAUAUGCGUACAGUACUUCCAUCGAU